AUGGCUAAAAAGACCAAAGUCGCGAAAGCAGCCAAAGAUGUUCAUCAUCGGUUGAAAACAAGCCUAUAUACAAGUCCAUCUGUUACCUUACACUUUGGUCCUACCCAUCAGAUAUACUAUCUCCCAGAAGUUCUGCUGCAAAGAUUGGGGAAUAUCCCAAUUCGUGAUGCCUGGACUCACGAGAUUCAUCUCGUAGAUGUUGACGCAAGCAUUGGUCACGUCUUGAUCCACUUCCUGCACACGGGUGUCUAUCAGACACUCAACGACGAAGACAUCGAGGGUGCUGGGUACAACCACAAAACUCUUGUUCGAAAUGAGUUCCAGACAGCUGUGCUUGCACUAGAAGCUGCUAAGAAGUAUAGCGUGCCUGGUCUCCAGGAAUUAGCACAAGUUGAGCUGGAGCGACGAGGCAGGGAAAUCUGCUUACGUGACGCUGUGCGCGCUAUUCGAGAAGAGUCUAUUGCCGGGACUUCUGACGAAAAUGCGUGGCUUCGAGACUUCGUGUCAAAGAAAGUUCGAUGGACCUUCGAACACGAUCGCCCCAUCUUAUCGGCACCAGAAUUAUUUAGAAACAUUGAAAGCCCUACGUUGGUGCGGUUACUGGCUCAAGUCAUCAUUAGUCUAUACAGUGAGGAAGUAGACAAGUUGCGCAAAGGAAAGACCGCAACCGACAAAAAGUCAACGCCUGAGAAGAAAGAAGACGACGAUCUAUGGAGAAUACUCGGCUUUGGCAGGAACGCAAAGAACCAGGAGAAAAAGAAUAAGGGCGUACUUGAGGAAGAGCACCUGUCACCGGAGCCAGAACCAGAGCCAGAGCUAGUCGUGGACGAGCCAUCACCUGCCAAAGAGGAUGAUCCAUGGGGUUGUGGAUGGGAAAAACUAGCACCGGAGCCUGAAUCCGUACCCGAACCACAGCUGAAACCCGAACCUUCAAAGAUGGAGGUAGAUCGUUAUGCGGGACUUAGUAAGUCACAGGCGAAGAAGCUGAAGGCCAAGUUGGACAAAGAGGCGAAGUUGAAGGAAGAGGAAGACGCGAAGCGCCAGAAAGAGGAAGAGGAGGUUGCCGAGAUGAUGCAACGGGAAGAAGAGGAGGCUGCUAAGAUAAUGCAACGGGAGGAAGAAGAGGCAGAACAGAUACGUCUGGAAGAGGAGGAAGCCGCCGCCGCUACUGCUGGAGCCGGUGUGAGCUCUUUGGAUUCAGCGAUGGGGACGGGCGCUACGUUUAAGGAUGAUGAUUGUGAAUUGCGUUUGAAGCAUCUGUCUCGCGCUAAUCGGUGGUGGGAUUGUAAGCCAUGCGAGCUGUACAUGCGAAAGGCCGCUCUUGAGUCUUAUUUGGUGGGGUUGCCAAACGGGAAUGAGCUUAGCACAAGCAAUGGAUGA